AUGGCCCUCGUACCCGGCAUCCACCCUUUCUUGACCGUCCUUUCACAGCACGCCGCCAUGACGGCCCUUGUGCUGGGUGGUCUUCUGCUCAGUCUGUUUUAUCGUCACUUUUUCGCGCGCCCGGACGAGUUGGCGGGAAUGCGGGGCCCGCGGAACACAAGCUUGCUGAGAGGAAACCGCGAUAGGCUCAACGUUGCGCGGACCCUCGAGUGGCAGGAGAUGUAUGGGCGGACCUUCAAGACGCAUGCCAUGUUCAGCAUGUCAACGCUCUUCACGUCUGACCUCACGGCGCUGCAACACAUCCUAAACCGCGACGAGAUAUACCAGAAGGCGCCGAUCAUUCGCUGGGGACUGAGUGAGAUGCUGGGUCGUGGGUUGCUAGUGCUCGAAGACGAGGAACAUGCGAAACUGCGCAGAAUCAUGUCACCCGCAUUCUCCCCAUCGCAGGUCAAGCUCCUCACGCCGCUCUUCCUCGACAAAGCAAUGGAACUUGUCGCUUUCUGGUCCCCCACCAAUAACGCCGGUUGGACGCAGUUCAAUGUUGUGCGCGGCCUCAAGGCCGUGACGCUCGACAUCAUUGGACUUGCAGGCUUUGGUUAUAACUUCCACGCACUCGCACCAGGAGGGGAUGGCAGCACCGGGGUUACCGCGCUAGGAAGCGCAUUCCGCGCGCUAUUUGAGUCGUCUCAGACCCGCGUAAUGACGCCGGUGCGCUUCUUAAGAGGAGUUGUUCCCGGGCUGAGGAAUAUUCUUCCUGCGCCAAAGCAUGCCGUCGAAGCGCGUAAAGCAAUGGAACGGGUCGGAAUGGAGCUACUACUCUCUGCAAAGCGCGAUGAGGAUGGUGCGGAGGACCGCCGGGACCUAUUGUCGCUUCUUGUCAAAUCUAAUAUGGCGGAGAGCGAGGGCCAGAGGCUGAGUGAUGAAGUCGUCGUGGCACAAAUCCCUACCUUCUUCAUUGCGGGCCACGAAACGACCUCUACGUCUACCGCUUGGGCUCUGCGUGCGCUCGCAGCCUACCCGGAAGUGCAAUCCGCCCUCCGCUCGGAAGUCCAAUCCCUCGGCACUGACUCGCCAUCGUUCGAUACCCUCCAAGGCCUCCCCUACCUCGACCACUUCGUCAGAGAGGUCAUGCGGCUUCACGCUCCUGUAUCGUUCACUAAUCGUCUUGCGAUGCGAGACGACGUCAUCCCGCUGAGCAAGGACGGGGCCUGGACAGAUGUGAACGGCGUGGUACAUGAGAGUAUCAUUGUAAAGAAGGGACAGAACAUCCAGGUCCCCAUUGGCGCUGUCAACCGCGACAGAACAAUCUGGGGCGCCGACGCAGACGAGUUCCGGUACAUUUCCUUCCAUGCCCAUCUUGAUUUACUUAAGCGUGGGAUGUCUAGACCGGAACGCUGGGCCAGCCCGCUGCCCGCCGGAGCCGCCUCCGUUCCCGGCGUCUACUCGCACCAGCUCACCUUCCUCGGUGGGCCGCACAACUGCAUCGGCUGGCGCUUCUCCCUUGCCGAGAUGAAAUCGCUUCUCUUUGUUCUCGUACGCGAGCUCGAGUUCGCCCUACCGGAUGGCUGGACAGCGGAUGACAUCGUGCCCGCGUCCAAUGCGGCAGUACAGCGGCCGAUGCUGAGAGCGCGGCCAGAGGAGGGGACGCAGCUGCCGUUGCGCGUGCGGCGCAUCGGUGUCUGA